UGUAAGAGCCACCCAGCAUCCUUUGCUCCGGACUAGGCAGUACUCCUGGCAGGUAGUGUCGUACCAAAGGGAAGUGAAAACAUGAACUUCAAGACGAUUUCCGUGCUCUUGGCCAUCGUCACGGCGGUGUGCGCUCAAGCAACGACCAACCCUUAUGAACUGAAGGAUGGCGACGGCAAGACGUGCUUGAGAGCAGACAUGGCCCUCACCAUCCAAGUCAACUACACCAAGUCUAACCAGCAGGAGCCUGCCAUCUUUCAAUGGGCGCUGCCCGAGUACAACGCGACCGACCCCUCCACAGUCGUCGUCGGUGGCAGCUGUGCAGCAAACGGGACAGCAGAGCUGACGCUGUCCACCCCUGCAGGCAGCACCAGUGUCAGCAUGACCUUCACGAUGGAAGGUGAUCAGACCUACCUGUCUGGUGUUGAGCUGUCCUACACGGAAGAUCCCGACGUCUUCGUCAACACUACAAAACCAAAUAACAACGUAACUGUGACCAAAACUGAUCUGAAGGAAUUUGAAGCACCAGCUGGGAAGGCGUACAAGUGUAACAACGAGGGCAGCCUGCCCCUGGAUGAAGCUGGGGCCUUGCUAAACCUGGCCGAUGUGAAGGUCCAGGCCUUUGGGUACAACAACACCUUUGGUGAUGUUAAGGAAUGUGAGGCUGACAUGACUACCACCCCUGCUGGCAAUUCCACCAUCAAUCCCAACGCAACUACCAUCAUGCCAACCACCAAACCACCCCCCACCACACCCACACCCAAACCCGAGGUUCCCCCACAGAACAACUACACCCUGACCAGUGACGGAAAAGUCUGUCUCAUGGCGCUCAUGGCUCUGCAGAUUGAGGCAAACUACACCAAGACUGACGGAAAGGAAGGGUCUGCGAAGUGGAAUGUCCCAGCUAACCCGGCCGUGUCUGGAACCUGCGGGAACGACACGUCUGUCCUGACGCUGACAUACGACGGGACCGCCUCCAACAUCACCAUCACCUUCACCAGGUCCGGCGCGAACGGCCUGCUGCAGGACGACGGCAAGUUCAUGGCCUCCGCUAUCGCUGUGGUCUACACGGAAACCUCCGCACGCUUCCCAGAAACCAACAGCAGUGGCGUCGUGCGCACUGUGUCCAGCACCAACCUGACAGCGUUCGAGGGUUCCGUGGGCAGCUCCUACAAGUGCAUGGCUGAACAGGACGUGACUCUGUCUGACACCGUCAUGCUCAUCGCCACAGACGUCCAGGUCCAGCCGUUUGGGCUGACUGAUAACAACUUUGACACAGCUGAAGAGUGCCCUGCUGAUAAUGAGAUCAGCAACAUCGUGCCUAUCGCCGUGGGCUGCGCCCUGGCCGGCCUGGUCGUCAUCGUACUAAUAGCGUACCUGAUCGGACGGCGCAAGAGUCACAAAGGAUACCAGCAGGUGUAACGGCCACAACGAUGUACAAAUUCCUCUUAAUUAUUCUGAUGUUCUGAUGAAGUUUCUGGCACUGUCUCCAAACAACAGGAGCUUUUGCUGUGUGUGGUUCACAACAACAUUGAACUUGUCUUCAGUUACAGCUGGCCACUGUAGUAACUUUUCCAAAACACACUGUCUACUAUGUCCAUGACUCGGAUGCCAACUACAAACUCUUAUGAUACCCUGCAUUAUUCCUGUAAAAUACACCGGGCAUAAGGUGAUGCCUUGUUGUUGCUUCAUGACUGUAUAUGUAACAAUCUACCACACACUCCUCCUGUUGUUUGGAGACAAACCAGAGCAGUGCACCUGUCAGUGUAAAUUUUACGAGGGGAUGAGGGGGUGGUGAGGGGUUUGGACAUCCCCUACGUGCCCCCAAGGGUUUGCAGUGACUGCUGCACGAUGUGAAGGGGGAUGCCAGAGGACUGUAAAUACCAAAUGAUACUUUUCCUGGGCUUUUGAUAUGAAAUGCUGCUACAGGAGCUAAAAAGCUGAGAGAAAAAAAAGGAUAAUUCAGAAAUUCAAGAAAAAAAAGGCAAUAUUGAUCCAGCAAAACUGGAGACAAGUUUUCUUGUGUACAGUUUUUGAUAAUUGCUGCUGUCAGUUGUGCCCUGAAAUUCCUCAUGAAAAUCAUUUGUGCUCAUAUAGAAAAAGUCAAGUGUCUUAUAAGCAGGACUAAACAACUGACAGCUUCAAAGUACUAGUAAAAGUAGCAGAUUCUGGAAGACAUGAUGAGAUUUCGCCUUGGUGAAAGUCAAAAGUAAUCUGUAUGAUUUUGUAUAUUAGAAUUAGGAGAUGGAUCUAGUUUGCUAAGCAUUGUCAUUGACAAGAAAAACCACUUCUCUAGUCAUCAAAGUGACUAGCAGGGUUUGGGCAACUUUCUCAAAGAAAUACCAGGGGUGAAUACAGGGGUAAUAUGGUAUGAUAGAACUGUGAAGUAUUUGUAAAUGACAGGAUAUCCACUUGUGCUGUUUCUAAAUCCAGUGAAGGAAGGUUUAGUUGGUAGUUUCUUUGUAAACGUCAAUGUCUCAAGCUAAUAAAGAAAUUUAUCCAAAUAUGUGUUGAAUUUAUUACAGCAUUUUGAAAAUGCUAACAAUGCAAAGUAUCAUAUGUAGGGAUGAGAAAGACUUGAAUGUGAUUGUAAUGAUAAAACAAUGACUUAAAAGGCAAAUGUGAUAAUACUUUGUAUUGUUAAUUUAUGAAAUAUAAAGAAAACAUUACAAUUUACAAGGAAAGCACAUCAAUACUGCAAGUUAUUAGAGAAUUGUAGCAGUUUCAAAUGAUUACAAUUUGAUGUUUUAGUUGUAUAUUUUAUGUCUUUACCAUUCUCGUGAUUAUGCUCUGUAAUAGUUGGUGACAAAACUUGAGUACUUCAUUCAAUUAUAAACUGUAGUAUUCAUCUUGGCAUGUAGAAUCCUAGAAGCGCUUUAGAAUUUUGGUAGUGAAUCGUAAUAUGCUUUGUUGUUUACUUUGUCAAUUUAUGGGGAUAGGUCUAAGAUUAUGUUAUCGGAAGGGGUUACUAUUAGGAUUUCAACGUUUCAUUGAAUACCACAACUUAGGUACAUUUAUGCAGACUUCAGAUGAUAUUGUUCUGUAAUUAUGCUUGUGUGAAAGUACCAAAGCUUCAUUAACUCAUCAGCUCGGCAUUUCCUAUGUCUACAUAUCCGGUAUUGCUUGAAAUUGUACGUGCAAAAUAUUGCCGUUUCAAUAUAGACUUGGGAUGGUCACGUU